GUCAGACUCAAUUCCUCCUCCUCUUCCUCCUCCUCAGAGGAAAUCUGCCCCUUCUAGCUGCCCUACCCUCCCCUUUAAAGGGCGACUUGCUCUGAGCUCCACCGCGGUCCCAGCCUUCUCCCGCCUCCUGCUCAGCCCGUGCAUCAGCCCGUCGGCGCACCAGCCCGCGCCGUGCAGCUUCCACAGAAGGACGCCCGGAGAUGGAGGGGAAAGCACUGCUCCUGGUGGUCCUGGGCUUGUGGCUCCAGAGUCUGACCGCCUCCCGCGGAGGGGUGGCCGCCGCCGACGCAAGAGAGUUUAAGGACAUCGAAAGUAAAUUUGCCCUCAGGACUCCUGAAGACACAGCUGAGGACACUUGCCACCUGGUUCCUGGAGUGUCAGAGUCUGUGGCCCACUGCCACUUCAACCACAGCAGCAAGACCUUCGUGGUCAUCCACGGCUGGACGGUGACAGGGAUGUAUGAGAGUUGGGUGCCCAAACUUGUGGCUGCCUUGUAUAAGAGGGAACCGGACUCCAACGUCAUCGUGGUGGACUGGCUGUCGCGGGCCCAGCAGCAUUACCCGGUGUCUGCAGGCUACACCAAGCUGGUGGGAAAGGAUGUGGCCAGAUUUAUCAACUGGAUGGAGGAGGAAUUUAACUAUCCUGUGGACAACGUCCAUCUCUUGGGAUACAGCCUUGGAGCCCAUGCCGCUGGCAUUGCAGGAAGUCUGACCAAUAAGAAAGUCAACAGAAUUACUGGUCUGGACCCAGCUGGACCAAACUUUGAGUACGCGGAAGCUCCCAGCCGCCUUUCUCCUGAUGAUGCGGAUUUCGUAGACGUCUUACACACAUUCACCAGAGGGUCUCCGGACAGAAGUAUUGGGAUCCAGAAGCCAGUAGGGCACGUUGAUAUUUACCCCAAUGGAGGCACUUUUCAACCAGGAUGCAACAUUGGGGAAGCUAUUCGUGUAAUUGCAGAGAGAGGCCUUGGAGAUGUGGACCAGCUGGUGAAGUGCUCCCAUGAGCGCUCCAUUCAUCUCUUCAUCGACUCCCUGUUGAAUGAAGAAAACCCGAGUAAGGCCUACAGGUGCAACUCCAAGGAAGCCUUUGAGAAGGGACUCUGCCUGAGUUGCAGAAAGAACCGUUGCAACAAUCUGGGCUACGAGAUCAAUAAGGUCAGAGCCAAAAGGAGCAGCAAAAUGUACCUGAAGACUCGAUCUCAGAUGCCCUACAAAGUCUUCCACUACCAAGUAAAGAUUCAUUUUUCUGGGACUGAGAGUGAUACGCAGACCAACCAAGCCUUCGAGAUCUCUCUGUAUGGCACCGUGGCUGAGAGUGAGAACAUCCCCUUCACCCUGCCUGAAGUUUCCACCAAUAAGACAUACUCCUUCCUGAUUUACACGGAGGUGGAUAUUGGGGAGCUGCUAAUGAUGAAGCUCAAGUGGAAGAGUGAUUCCUACUUCAGCUGGUCAGACUGGUGGAGCAGCCCCCGCUUCGCUAUUGAGAAGAUCCGAGUGAAAGCAGGAGAGACUCAAAAAAAGGUGAUCUUCUGCUCCAGGGAGAAGGUGGCUCAUCUGCAGAAGGGGAAGGGAUCUGCGGUAUUUGUGAAAUGCCAUGACAAGUCUCUCAAGAAGUCUGGCUGACACUGGAAAAGGCCACAGAAAGAAGAACACAAGAAUUCUGUGAAGAAUGAAGUAAAU